AUGGCAGCCCUUUGCCUCGUGCCCCCCGAAAUCCUCGUCCCAGCUGCCAACGAGACGCUGGAGCUGGCGCUGGGGAGCCAGAUAGCGCUGAACUGCACCGUGCGCUGGGCGGCCACCGAGCGCUGCGAGCCCAUCCCCGCCUGGACCAAAGACGGGCAAUGGUUGGGCAGUGAGAGCAGCCAGGACACCGCCUGGUUUGGCCAAAAUGCCUCGGAGCGGCUUCUCGCCAGCGUCCUGCAGCUCAACCUCACGCACGAUGCAGACUUUGGGGUGUUUGCCUGCUGGGUCAGCAACGCCACUGCCACCUUCACCCUGCGGCGAGUGGAGGCGGCAGGGCAUGUGCCUGCGGUGCUGGCGGCCCUCCUGGUCCUGGUGCUCCUUGUUCUUCUGGCCGGGCUCUAUGUCCGAUGCCGCCUGAACAUUCUCCUCUGGUACCGGAACCGCUAUGGCGAGCUGGAGAUCAACGAUGGGAAGCUGUACGACGCCUACGUCUCCCACGCCAGCGCCCCGGAUGACCGAAAGUUUGUUCACUUCAUCAUGAAGCCACAGCUGGAGAACCGCUACGGUUACAAGCUCUUCCUGGACGAGCAAACCAUCCUGCCCAACUCAGAGCCCUCAGCCGACCUGAUCAUGAACGUGAGCCGGUGCCGGCGUCUCAUCGUGGUCCUCUCCGUCGCGUACCUGGAGCAAGACUGGUGCAACAGCAGCUUCAGGGAAGGGCUUUGGAGGCUGCUGGAGCUUUCCAAGAAACCCAUCUUCAUCGUCUUCCGGAAUAUCCCCCCCCCAGCCAUCAGCCUGCUGAAGCAGCACCGGAGCGUGGUGACCUUGCUGGUGUGGCGAGCCGGAUCCAUGACCCCAUCAUCGGACUUCUGGAAGGAGCUGUGCCUGGCCCUGCCCCGCAAAGUGUCCUUCCAGGGGACCAUGGGUGACCCGCAGACCCAGCUGCAGGAGGACAAAGACCCCAUGCUGAUCCUGCACAGCAGCUACCUGGACAGCGGUGGAGACCUCCACCCGGAUGGGGACCUCGGCCUCCGAGGAUGCAUUUUUGGAAGCCCCAAGCCUCCCCGCAUCGCUGGCCCUGGCACUCCCGUGGCUUUGGCUGCUGGCGCGAUGGAUGACACACAGCUGAGGGACGGCCAGAGAACUGAGCUCGACAUCUCAGACCUGGGUUCGCGCAACUAUGGCGCCCGCACAGACUUCUACUGCCUGGUGACAGAGGAUGACAUCUGA